AUGACAAUCAGUUCAUUGAUCAACAGCUUCUGGCACUCUGAUCAGAUAAUCGCUUGUCAACCGCCUUCCUACACCAUAGUACUUCGCUUUCUUCCUAUUUGGCUACAAUGCUCUCUUUUACACCCUCAAUUUGAUAAAUCCUCAACGAUCCGCUUUGUUAGAUUGUCUCUUACCCCACUGAACUUUUACUUGGCCAUCACACUUGGCAUUGAUAAUUGUUUUUUACCGCUCACAGAAAAUGGAAAAAAUAACCUGGCUAUGGCUGUAGCAGGCUUUUACUUCGCUAUGAAGGCACUCGAAUGGGGACUCAUAGGUGGAUUUUGGAGUGGUCAGUAUUGGGAUAUCCCUAAGGAAAAAUGUUCGACAAGGCCUGCGACGAGUAGCCUGAAAAGCACUGUGACGAGCAGCCCGCGGAUCCUGUUGGAGAAACACAGUUGGAAGGAGGUUGCCGCCUGGACAACGAAACAAUUCUUUUCUUUACGAGGCCUACAGUAUGGCUGGGGCCCCAAAGAAACGCGGCCAGUCCUCAGUUUCCCUGCACUUCUUCGAAGAAUAUUUUUAGUCAAUACACUUGAAUCUAUUUCAAUGGCAUAUCUUAUCUUGGCUCGCGAUGAAGAUUUCACCUGCAAAGCACUGAAUUUUCUGAGCGUACCCAUUACAUUACCAACAACCCUCUUGAUGGAAGCAUUUUCAACUUUGGUUUACGCAUUGUGGAUGUUGACAACGAUAGAUGUGACAUGGUCAUUAGGAAUCUUACUUUGUUAUGGCAUAUAUGGUCUUUCAAGAUGGGUUCCGAUUCCUGUGCUUAUCUUGGAGCUAAGUGAUCCAAACGAUUGUCCGCCAAUCUUCGACUCUCCAUAUCUGGCAACGUCUCUUACUGAACUCUGGGGAAAGAGAUGGCAUCAAAUGUUGCGAAGGAUCCUCACAAUAUGCGGUGGGAUUCCUGCAACCAGAAUGGCCAAGAAACUUGGAGGUGGAGUGAAGCUUCAGCAGGUUUGUGGGCUUCUGGGAGUGUUUGUUCUUUGUGGGCUCCUUCAUGAACAUGGAAUACACGCUGUUGCUCGUCAACCACAUCCCUUUCCUCAUAUUUACUUCGUAGAGUUCCCUUCAGCCCUUUUUUACUUCGUAACACAAGCCUUCGGAAUCAUCUUAGAACCGUACAUCAUUCCAUAUAUACCUUGGUACAUCGGAGGUGGUCAUUUUUGGGUUUAUCUUUUUACAGCUAUCACAGCAACUCCAUAUCGAAAACAAUAUGCUAUGAAAUUUCGGAUGAUAGAUGAUGCUUUAAAGCCAAUGGAAGAAUGGAAUAUAUGGUGUUUUAUAAUUCCCGCAUAUAUCAUGAGAUAA